AUGCUUUCCAGGACAGGACAACAUUCUAUACUGAAGCGUGCAAGCUGUCUCUUUCUUAGAAGCAGCGGAUUAAACAGUCGCCCAUGUAUUUCAGUAGUCGCAACACAUAGGCUCUCAGCAUGGUGUCCUACAACACGAUCUCUAUCCUUUGCACAACCUCUCUGGACACGCUGUUAUAGCACAAAUGACAUCAGCAAUUCACAUUUAGAAGAUAAAACCCCUAUUAAAUCUGAUAAUGAAGAAUCUAUUUUUGAGGCCGUCCGAAAGCUCGAGAACGAUUCGUUUUCCAACGUUCCUACUUACAGCACUGCAGAAUUGAACGCCCUUUUGGAGACACUGGCCCAAAAGGGAGAAGCUGCUCGGGCACAGAGACUGUUCAAGGCCUUCUUUCAGAACGAUAAAUAUAGCCCUACUUUGGUUACCUAUACAUAUCUUAUGCUGGCGUACAUAAAUGAUGGAAACUACCAGAUGGCUAUGGAUAUUUAUUACGAGCUCAGGGACAGGCAUGAGCCUGAUGAAUCAAUUGCAACUCCCAAGACAGUCGUUCUUGACAGCACACUCUACCUCACUUUAAUCAAUGCUCUUACUCACCAUUCGGUCAGCACCAGCCCGAGAGAGUCGGACAGCAGUGGGAAUAGCUAUGCAUACACUGUAGAAGACGGCCCUGAUGAACUCUACAACAUAGACGGGACAUCUCAGCCACUGCUGCUAACUGCCUUGACGUUGUUCAAUGAUAUGCGCCAAUUGAGUAUAAAGCCAAAUGCAGAUACGUAUAUUGCAAUGCUCCAGGCAUGCGGAAAAUACGAGGAUGAAUAUGUUCUCGAGCAAAUUCAUAAGUUGAUCCGCAUGGACAUUUACUUUGAUCCUACCAUCGCUGUUUAUCGUGCACUAAUGAAUGCCUACAGUCAAGUCGACAAUUGUCAACAAGUGCUGGAAAUAUUUGAUCUUCUUCCUGUCUCUUCUAUCGGUAACGAUAUGGUUUCGGUUGCAUUGAAAAGUUGUCUUAAGAAUGGGCAGGCAUACAAAGCACCACAUGUGUGGCAUAGUUUGGAGACAAUUGGGUUUACGCCAACUAGUGAACAUGUCCGAAUGUAUCUCGAGGCCCUUUGCCGGUCAAGUCAAGGCUUGGAAAUAGCUUUGGAUCUGAUGGAGACAAUUGGAUCUUCUUUGGGUGAUAAGAAGCCACAUUUGGAAGAAGCAACCGUCGAUAGAUUGAUCCAAUAUGCUCACACAAAAGGAGAAUCUGAGGAAAAGUUGGCGGAUAUUGCGGCAUGGAAAUAAGACUAUAAAGUAUAAAAUAAAAUAUAUAGAAUGAAUACCCAGCUGCUCAUAAUUUGGCAACCCUACUUGUAAAAUGAGUUCCUAGACACUAGUAAUUAUAUUAUAUAUAUUACAUACUUAAAUAAAAUGUAAUAUCAUAU